ACCGGCCCUAAUUAAUGAACUCCAAUUUCCUUCCUUUUUCCUCCGCCGCAUCUUCCUUCAUUUACUGCGCAAAACCCCAUCUCUGAACCAAAAUCUCACGGACCCAUUUCGGACUUUAUACAAAAGCUCUCGACUUUCUAAGCCUCCGCCCAUCCAUAUCCAAGAAUCCAUCUUCUUUAUAAAGAAUGGUGGUGCGCUGCCAGACAACCCAUCCGCCGGUGAAGAAACGCGGCGGCGGAGGGGUGGUUGAUGGCGAAGAAGACGAGGAAACUCACGACAAGAGAGCAAGACUAAAUCUUUUGUUCAUCCUCCUUCUCUCCCUCUUUUCUUGUGCCUUCAUUAUCUCUCUCUUCUAUUCAUUUCGAUCUGAAGGUGAUGGGAUUUCUUCCGCUGGUUCCUCUGUUUCCAAAGGAACACUUAGCUGCGACAGAAGUGGCUUCCGGAGUGAUGUGUGUGUUAUGAAAGGGGAUGUAAGAACAGACCCUUCUUCAUCUUCAAUUGCACUCUACACACACCAUGGUUCUAAAAAUCACAUCUUUAGCCUGUUUGGUGAUUAUUUUGAUGGUGGGGUCACCCCAAUUGAAAGGAUUAAGCCCUACACUAGAAAAUGGGAAAAGAGCAUCAUGGACACCAUUGAUGAAUUGCGUCUGGUUGCGAAGAAAAGCAGUUCCAGCAUUCCACAUUCGUGUGAUGUCCAACAUGACGUCCCGGCUGUCGUGUUCUCAACAGGAGGCUACACGGGAAACGUCUACCACGAAUUCAACGACGGGAUUUUGCCCCUCUACAUCACUUCCCAGCAUUUCAACAGGAGGGUCGUUUUCGUCAUUCUUGAGUAUCACAACUGGUGGAUUUCCAAGUACGAAGACAUCCUUUCUCGCCUCUCUGACUACCGUCCAGUGGAUUUUCGAGAAAACCGAACCCAUUGCUUCUCCGAGGUCAUAGUUGGGUUAAGGAUCCAUGAUGAGCUCGCCAUUGAUCCUUUGUUGAUGAAAGGGAAUAAGAGCAUGGGUGACUUUAGGGAGCUUCUUGACCAAGCUUAUGCUCCAAGAAUCAAAGGCCUUAUUGAGGAGGAGAUGGAAAAAUCUAUUCCAAAGAAGGCGAAAACUUCCAAAGCACCAAAGCUGGUUAUAAUAGCUAGGAAUGGGUCGAGAGCAAUACUUAAUGAGGACUCGUUGGUUAGAGUGGCUGAGAAAAUUGGAUUUCAAGUGGAAGUUUUGAGACCUAACCGGACUUUAGAGCUGGCAAGAAUCUACAGAGCUCUUAAUUCAAGUGACGUUAUGGUUGGAGUCCACGGUGCUGCAAUGACUCAUUUCCUCUUCUUGAAGCCCUUGGGUGUUUCGGUCUUUAUCCAAAUCAUUCCGUUGGGAACUGAAUGGGCUGCAGAGACUUACUAUGGUUACCCAGCAAAGAAGAUGGGAGUGAGGUACAUUGGGUACAAAAUCCUUGCAGAUGAAAGCACUUUGUAUGAUGAAUAUGACCAGAAUGACCCUAUACUAAGGGAUCCAAAGAGUGUGAAUGUGAAGGGGUGGGAAUUCACCAAGAAGAUAUACCUUGAUCGCCAAAACGUUAGACUGAACCUACGUAGAUUUCAGAAGCGGCUUCUUCGUGCCUAUUACUACACCAUUGCAAUGAAAAAUAGGCGAUCAAGGAUGGGGAGAGAAUGACAUUAUGGGUGACAAGUAAGACACACAUCUCAUCCAAAUUCAUACAUUUGUCCCGUGAUUCUUCUGGUCGCAAUAACAAGGUGCCAAACUGAGCCUACCAACAAAUUCCAAACUAUGCAACUCAAGAAGAGAUACAAUUGAAUGAAAAAAGUGUAUUUCAAUGUUAGUAGAAUCUCGUUUUUUUGUGUGAGGGAUGUGGAGUUAUCUUUCAAUCUACUACUACCCAUGUAAGGGAAUCGGGCUGAGAAGACAGUAA